AUGUGGAAACUUUUCAUUACAUUGGGAGUUAUAUUCUCCAUAUGUAGUGCCCAAUUAUUAGACACUGUUUCAUUUGAUUCCAAUUGGGAGAAUUUACAUUAUAUACGUAAUGUUGAUCUUAGUAAAGGAUUUGUUAAAGAAACCGAUUUAAUUGAUAUUAAAAAUAUAAAUUCAAGACCUCAAGAUGAAUAUUAUUUUACCAUUAAUGAUGGAUUUGACAGUGUCAAUGAAUUGUCUAUUUUUUCUGCUUUUUUAAAUGACAAUUUACUUGAAGUUAAAGUUGAUGAAAUUGUUGCCAAUAAAGUAUUUAAAUUGAAAUUACCAGUUCCAAUUGCUCCUAAUUCAAAUGUUGAACUUAAAAUCAAUUAUGUUUAUAUUGAUACUUUAGUUCCUAUUCCAACUAAGAUUUCCAUGGAUACGGUUCAACAAUUAUUAUUCAAGACUAAUAAAUUUCCAUACUCACCUUAUCUUACUAAAGAAUAUACUUUAUCUCUUACUGGCAUGUCAAAGGGACAAGAGAUGGAAUUACAUAUUGAUGUCAAUGCCACAGAGGGUGCACCUGAUCUUAAACCAAGAGUUGAUAACCAAACUUUGAAAUAUGGACCAAUUGCAGAAGACAUUCAAGCUUUUACAUUACUGCCAAUGGGAUUAAUGUACGAUCACAAUCGUCCAUUAACAAAAGCUGUCAAUUUAAACAGAUCUAUUUGGUUACCAGCAUCUGAUGUCAAUAAGGUAUCAAUUGAAGAAUAUUAUGAAUUGACCCAUAUCGGGGCUGCCUUGGAUUCAGGAUUCUCUCGAAUUGAUUGGAUGAAAGGUAGAUACGAAGGAACUAGAAACCAUUGGGCAUUAAGUCACUUGGAACUCCCCUUGUUAGAUAGAGACUUAGAAGGUUAUUAUUAUACCGAUAAAGUUGGGGUUGUUUCAUCUCACAAAGUUAUUAAAAAUCAUUUAUUAUUACUGCCAAGAUAUCCAUUAUUUGGUGGAUGGAAUUAUAAUUUCACUUUUGGUUGGUCAGAAGAUUUAUCAAGAUUCCUUCAUAAAUUACAUGAUUCGUCUGAUGAAUAUAUCAUCAAAUUCCCAAUAUUGAAUUCACUUAGAGAUAUUAGUUAUGGCGAUGUAUAUUUACAAUUCUAUUUACCAGAAAAUGCCGAAUUCCAAAAUGUUUCAUCUCCAAUCCCAUAUGAAUCAAUUACUAUUGAUAAUGAAUUAUCAUAUUUAGAUGUUUCAAAAGGACAUACAAAAGUCACUGUGCAUUAUAAAAAUUUAUUUGAUGAUUUACAUAAAUUGGAUGUAUUUGUCAAGUACAAAUAUACCAAAAUCAACUUUGUUUAUAAAAUUGUCAGAAUUUCUGGAUUUGUCUUUAUAGGAUUGAUUAGUUAUUAUUUGUUAGGAUUACUUGAUCUUUCUAUUUAA